GUGCAGGCAGAUGUCAGUUUAAGCCGAACAAGCUUCGAGUGAAUACGUACUAGAGCGAACUUACCAAGCGAAUUCAUAAAGCGAGUAUAACAAAGUUAUCUAAGAACAACGAAAUAAAAGAAGAAGAAGAUACAAGAAGGAGAAGAAAUAUAACAAUUUUCUUGAUUGAAAGAAUAUUACAAAAGUAAAUUUUGUAAACAUGUCGCUUUUACCACUUCUUUUCUCCGACUGGUGGGAGGAUUUGGAAAGACCACAUCGUCUUUUGGAUCAAAAUUUUGGCCUGGCAUUGACACCCGAUCAACUGGUUGCUAUUCCAAGCAGAAUGGAAUUGCUCAGACCGAGAGAAAGAUGCCCGAUGGGUUAUUAUCGUCCAUGGGCUGAAAUGAUUCGUCAGAAAGAUAACGGAUCGUCGGUUGUUAAAGCUGAUAAAGACAAAUUUCAAGUUGUCUUGGACGUUCAACAAUUCCAACCGAACGAGAUUGACGUUAAAGUUGUUGACAGAUUUGUCGUAGUCACGGCUAAACACGAAGAGAAACGUGACGAGCACGGAUGGAUCUCGAGACAAUUUGUUCGGAAGUAUAUGAUUCCAGAACAAUGCGAGAUCGAUGAAGUUACAUCGAAGUUAUCUUCUGAUGGUGUUCUGACUAUUACUGCACCAAGAAAGGAACAACCCAAGGUGGAGAAUGAAAGAACCAUCAAGAUCGAACAUACUGGAAGACCUGCAGUCCAGUCCCAGAAGGCUCAGAAGAAACAGGAUGAGGUAGAGGACAAAGAGGACGAAAAGAAGUAAACGUACUUUCUUCUCUUAAAGAAGUAAAAUCAGAGAGAGAAUAUUGGACUAAUAUUAACAUUUUUUUAUGUACUUUUCCUUGAUCGUUCUUCUCUUAAUAAUUUUUGCUUUAACAUUUCAUAAUUAAUGAUAGUUCCUCAUAUAUUAUAUAUCUCAUUAGAGUUAAGAUAAUAUUAUACACACGAUAAAUACACUUUAUUAUAACUGCUACAUUUGAAAUACUGGUAUAUGUAGUAUUGUAGGACAAAUUAUUGUAUACACAAUAUCUAUCCAAUACAAUGUAAUUCGCUCACUUAUAUUAGGACAAUGUCAGCAGUUAAAUAAACCAAAUAUUUCAUCUCUUAAUAUUUAUAUAUUUAAGAGCCUACGACUAUAAGUGUGUAUGGAUAUUCUUUUUUUCUUCGUAAUGUUCUUUAUAACAAAGAAUAUUGUAAACAUAUUUAAAAUAUUAUUUCUUUUUAUAAUUUAA